CUUGUUUUCGUAGAACAGGAAGAACAUGCAUCUGUGAAUACGAACCAGCAACAUGUACAGCCGAUGCUAAGCUUUUGACCUAUUAGAAUAAACUAUAACCUAUUUCUUUAAAAUCGGUUACUAAUGUAUUCGAGGAAGGAUGUCGUCCGAGUUAAUGUUAGACUUCGAGACUCAAGAACAAGAAAUGAUGAACAGUGAAACUGGCACCAUGUCCAUCGACCAGGAUGGCGAGUGGGACAUCAGCCUGUUUGACGAGCUGGACAACCUUGGAGAUGCAGACGAACUUCUUCAGGCCUUGGAGUGCGUGGGAUAUGCCGGCGAUGCCCCUGACCUCGACUUUGACAUGGACCUGCCUCCCUGGAGCACUGACACAGAUGGGGAUCUGAGUGUGGACUCUCUCUCUCCUGCCCAUACCAUGAGCUCUGUCACCUUGCCUGCAUCCCGAGAGGCCCUGUCACCUUACUCCAUACAAGAUGAUCUAGCCCUAUCUCCUCAGCCCUCUCCUGCCGUCUCUGUCUGCUCCGAGUCCAGCGGCUUCUCAGAGCCCCCCCUGGCCAAGAGGGCCCCCAAGAGGACCAGUCAGGCCACGCGAGUCAAGCCAGCCCAGGCAGUGAAGAGGCCUAUCCAGCUCACCCCCAAGGUGUCCAUCCAGCCCAGACCAGUUGUAACAGCUGUACCCCAGCACGCCGCAGGCCCUCUCCAGACCAUCAUCAUCCAGCCCCUGCAGACCACCCUGGUGCCUCACCCUGCUGUGGUCAAACCUGCCCCUGUCAGCAUACAGCCAGCGCCACCUAUAGGUGGUCCGUUGGUGCUGUGCCAGCCGGCCCAGGUGCUGCAGAUCCACACGCCACAGGCAGUCACCGGGCACCUGGUUACCAUGCCAACACUGACCCAAGAGAGGCCCGCCCCCAUUGCAGUCACACUCCACAGCCCUGGCUCUGACGAAGAUUCGAAGGUGUCCCAGCGGCAGCAGAGGAUGAUAAAGAACAGGGAGUCAGCGUUUCAGUCCCGUAAGAAGAAGAAGGAGUACCUGCUGACGCUGGAGGUCCGUCUCAAGAUGGCGCUGUCUGAGAACCAGCUGCUCAAGGACGAGAACGGCACCCUGAAGAGACAGCUGGAGGGACUACUGUCAGAGAACACGGUUCUGAAGACCAGUGCUCCUAAGAGGCGGGCCAUUUGUCUCAUGGUUGUGCUGGUGUUCCUCAUGCUCAAUGUUGGACCAAUGAGUUUGUUUGAAGGUGGCCGUGGCUCUAAACUCCAGGCUGGCUCUAUGCACAGCGGCAGACAUCUGCUGGACUUCUCCCAAGAGACAGAGACCCCGGUGGGCCCCGAAUCCCUCCAGACCACCCCUCCGACCCACAGUUCGGAGGAUAAGGCUCUGAUGGUGGUGAAGAAGGAUCCUCUGUUCUUCGGACCUCCUCCUCCCUGUCUGCCGCCUGUCAACAGGACCAAAUGCCUCAGGUUGAACCAUGAGCUGCGAGGCUGGGUCCAUCGACACGAGGUGGAGCGGACCAAGACCAGACGCAUGAGCAACAGCCAACACCGAGCCAACAGGACUAUCCCUAAAGAGGAUAAGAAGGAUGAGGUGUCCCAGGUCCUAACAGUCCAGUACACUGACUCCACAGAGAAGAGCCCAGGUAAUGAGCUGCAGGUGUACUACGCUCCUCACCGCACCUACAACGACUUCUUUGACGAGAUUCAUCGCCGUGGAGACACCUUCUACGUGGUGUCUUUCCGCAGGGAUCACCUUUUACUUCCCGCUACCAGCCACAACAAAGGAAGUAGGCCCAAGAUGUCCGUGGUGUUGCCAGCCAUGAACCUUAAUGAUCGUGUGAUCAAGGACAAGGAGUUUGAGGUGAUGAUGCAGAUUGACUGUGAGGUCACAGACACCAGGAUCAUCCACAUCAAGUCCUCCAGUAUCCCACCAUUCCUGCGUGUCAACCGCACCGGCACCCUGUACCCGCCUUCACCUGCGGACAGCGAGGCCACGCCUCCUGUCCAGGUGCUCAUGGGUUCCGCGUAACCUCUGUCAACCAAUCGAAUGGACUCACAAACCCGUUAACUUCCACCAACCAAUUGAAAAGAUGGAACAGCAACAAAGGUCUGUUCUGUUCCACCAGUUUAACAGAUGGAAUAACAACAGUCUGUUCUGCUCCACCAGUUUAACAGAUGGAAUAACAACAGUCUGUUCUGCUCCACCAGUUUAACAGAUGGAAUAACAAACGUCUGUUCUGCUCCACCAGUUUAACAGAUGGAAUAACAGUCUGUUCUGCUCCACCAGUUUAACAGAUGGAAUAACAACAGUCUGUUCUGCUCCACCAGUUUAACAGAUGGAAUAACAACAGUCUGUUCUGCUCCACCAGUUUAACAGAUGGAAUAACAACAGUCUGUUCUGUUCCACCAGUUUAACAGAUGGAAUAACAACAGUCUGUUCUGCUCCACCAGUUUAACAGAUGGAAUAACAACAGUCUGUUCUGCUCCACCAGUUUAACAGAUGGAAUAACAGUCUGUUCUGCUCCACCAGUUUAACAGAUGGAAUAACAACAGUCUGUUCUGCUCCACCAGUUUAACAGAUGGAAUAACAACAGUCUGUUCUGCUCCACCAGUUUAACAGAUGGAAUAACAACAGUCUGUUCUGUUCCACCAGUUUAACAGAUGGAAUAACAACAGUCUGUUCUGCUCCACCAGUUUAACAGAUGGAAUAACAACAGUCUGUUCUGCUCCACCAGUUUAACAGAUGGAAUAACAGUCUGUUCUGCUCCACCAGUUUAACAGAUGGAAUAACAACAGUCUGUUCUGCUCCACCAGUUUAACAGAUGGAAUAACAAAUGUCUGUUCUGCUCCACCAGUUUAACAGAUGGAAUAACAACAGUCUGUUCUGCUCCACCAGUUUAACAGAUGGAAUAACAACAGUCUGUUCUGCUCCACCAGUUUAACAGAUGGAAUAACAACAGUCUGUUCUGCUCCACCAGUUUAACAGAUGGAAUAACAAAUGUCUGUUCUGCUCCACCAGUUUAACAGAUGGAAUAACAACAGUCUGUUCUGCUCCACCAGUUUAACAGAUGGAAUAACAACAGUCUGUUCUGCUCCACCAGUUUAACAGAUGGAAUAACAACAGUCUGUUCUGUUCCACCAGUUUAACAGAUGGAAUAACAACAGUCUGUUCUGCUCCACCAGUUUAACAGAUGGAAUAACAACAGUCUGUUCUGCUCCACCAGUUUAACAGAUGGAAUAACAGUCUGUUCUGCUCCACCAGUUUAACAGAUGGAAUAACAACAGUCUGUUCUGCUCCACCAGUUUAACAGAUGGAAUAACAACAGUCUGUUCUGCUCCACCAGUUUAACAGAUGGAAUAACAACAGUCUGUUCUGCUCCACCAGUUUAACAGAUGGAAUAACAGUCUGUUCUGCUCCACCAGUUUAACAGAUGGAAUAACAACAGUCUGUUCUGCUCCACCAGUUUAACAGAUGGAAUAACAACAGUCUGUUCUGUUCCACCAGUUUAACAGAUGGAAUAACAACAGUCUGUUCUGCUCCACCAGUUUAACAGAUGGAAUAACAGUCUGUUCUGCUCCACCAGUUUAACAGAUGGAAUAACAACAGUCUGUUCUGCUCCACCAGUUUAACAGAUGGAAUAACAACAGUCUGUUCUGCUCCACCAGUUUAACAGAUGGAAUAACAACAGUCUGUUCUGCUCCACCAGUUUAACAGAUGGAAUAACAACAGCCUGUUCUGCUCCACCAGUUUAACAGAUGGAAUAACAACAGUCUGUUCUGCUCCACCAGUUUAACAGAUGGAAUAACAACAGUCUGUUCUGUUCCACCAGUUUAACAGAUGGAAUAACAACAGCCUGUUCUGCUCCACCAGUUUAACAGAUGGAAUAACAACAGUCUGUUCUGCUCCACCAGUUUAACAGAUGGAAUAACAGUCUGUUCUGCUCCACCAGUUUAACAGAUGGAAUAACAACAGUCUGUUCUGCUCCACCAGUUUAACAGAUGGAAUAACAACAGUCUGUUCUGCUCCACCAGUUUAACAGAUGGAAUAACAACAGCCUGUUCUGCUCCACCAGUUUAACAGAUGGAAUAACAACAGUCUGUUCUGCUCCACCAGUUUAACAGAUGGAAUAACAACAGUCUGUUCUGCUCCACCAGUUUAACAGAUGGAAUAACAACAGCCUGUUCUGCUCCACCAGUUUAACAGAUGGAAUAACAACAGUCUGUUCUGCUCCACCAGUUUAACAGAUGGAAUAACAACAGCCUGUUCUGCUCCACCAGUUUAACAGAUGGAAUAACAACAGUCUGUUCUGCUCCACCAGUUUAACAGAUGGAAUAACAACAGUCUGUUCUGCUCCACCAGUUUAACAGAUGGAAUAACAGUCUGUUCUGCUCCACCAGUUUAACAGAUGGAAUAACAACAGUCUGUUCUGCUCCACCAGUUUAACAGAUGGAAUAACAACAGUCUGUUCUGCUCCACCAGUUUAACAGAUGGAAUAACAACAGCCUGUUCUGCUCCACCAGUUUAACAGAUGGAAUAACAACAGUCUGUUCUGCUCCACCAGUUUAACAGAUGGAAUAACAACAGUCUGUUCUGCUCCACCAGUUUAACAGAUGGAAUAACAACAGCCUGUUCUGCUCCACCAGUUUAACAGAUGGAAUAACAACAGUCUGUUCUGCUCCACCAGUUUAACAGAUGGAAUAACAACAGCCUGUUCUGCUCCACCAGUUUAACAGAUGGAAUAACAACAGUCUGUUCUGCUCCACCAGUUUAACAGAUGGAAUAACAACAGUCUGUUCUGCUCCACCAGUUUAACAGAUGGAAUAACAACAGGUCACAUGUUUCUAUUUACCUUGCAUUCUUUUUUUAAUUUUCUACAGAUCAGAGAAUUUUUAAACGAUUAUAUACUCAAAUGUAUUUGACUGAACUUUAGUAUCAGGUUUUCUCCCUUAUCCUUGAUUUGGAUUAUGCAAUACUAAGCUAGCUCAAAUGGUCAGUGUCAGUUAGCCAUUCUGUUUUCAGCUCUGAUAUCCGUCAUGGUUGUUGAAGGUCAAAGACCAGAGCCAGGCUCUGUGUGUGUCUGGACUGACCAGAGCCAGGCUCUGUGUGUGUCUGGACUGACCAGAGCCAGGCUCUGUGUGUGUCUGGACUGACCAGAGCCA